GCAUCGCAGCUUACCCUCUCUUCUCCACUGUACGGAAACCCUAUUCCCCUCUCAAUUUAAUAUCCACACCAAUAAAGCCUGCCUCCAUUAAUUCCUCCUUCCUCUCCUCCAUCCUUUGUCUCACUCUUUUCUGCCUAAAUUUUGACUUCGCGCAUGUUCCUCCAUCCCCAAAUAUUCCCCUCCCCACUCUUCCACAAAAGGAUCAAAUUGAAAUUGUUGAUGAAAUCGAGGAUUAUAAGAUGUUGAUCGACGACUGCGAGGGGGCGUAUUCGAUGAGCAGCAGCGACACCACGACGAUCAGCCACUGCGCGAGCUUCAGCCGCCUCUCGUUCGAGAUGCCGUCGAGCUCGCCGGAGCAGCAGGCGGCGCUGCGGCCGCACCGGUCGUCGGACUCCUCGUUCCUGGCGAUCCGGCUGAAGCCGAAUCUGAGCUUCCGCGACUUCAGCUUCGUGCGGCAGAUCGGCAGCGGGGAUAUAGGGAGGGUUUACCUGUGCCGCCUCCGCGGCGGCGCGGAGGAGGGGCGGCUGUACGCGAUGAAGGUGGUGGAUAAUGACGUGUUGAAGGUGAAGAAGAAGACGCAGAGGGCGGAGACGGAGCGGAAAAUCAUGCGGAUGCUGGAUCAUCCGUUUCUGCCGACGCUGUUUGCGGAAUUUGAAGCUUCGCAUUUCUCCUGCGUUGUGAUGGAGUAUUGCGCCGGCGGCGAUUUGCAUUCUCUGAGGCAUAAACAGCCGAAUAAACGCUUCUCUCUUAGCUCAGCUAGGUUUUACGCAGCGGAGGUUCUCGUAGCGUUGGAAUAUCUUCAUAUGCUGGGGAUAAUCUACAGAGAUUUGAAGCCGGAAAAUGUGUUGGUUAGAUCCGACGGCCACAUUAUGCUAACCGAUUUCGAUCUCAGCCUCUGCUCCGACGCGACUCCCGCCGUCGAAUCGCCGGACUUCUCGCCGGACUCUCUCUCCUCGCCGCGCGCGGCGGCUCCCCGCGCCUUCACGCCGUUCUCGUGCAUCUCCGACCGGUUCUUCCGGUCGAGAAAAAUCCAAACGCUCGCCGCGAACCGGCUCUUCGUGGCCGAACCGGUCUCGGCCCGGUCCUGCUCCUUCGUGGGGACGCACGAGUACGUGGCGCCUGAGGUGGCGUCCGGUAGGUCCCACGGCAACGCCGUGGACUGGUGGGCCCUCGGAAUCUUCAUCUACGAGAUGAUCUACGGCCGCACCCCAUUCGCCGGUGCAAACAACGAAUCCACGCUGCGUAGCAUCCUAAAAAACCCCCUCUCGUUCCCGUCCGACGCGCCGUGUUCUCAGAGUGAGUCCCACGCGCGGGAUCUCAUAUCCGGUUUGCUAGCGAAGGACCCGGCCCGGCGCCUCGGGUCGAAGCGCGGGGCGGCCGACGUGAAGACGCACCCAUUCUUCCGGGGGCUGAACUUCGCGCUGAUACGGACGGUCACCCCGCCGUCCGUGGCGGGGAUGCGGAGGCAGAAGACGGCGCCGGUGGCCGCGCGUCGGCCGGCCUCGCCUUUCGGGGUGUUUUAGGGUUUGUAGUUUAUUGCCACGUCAUUAAUUAGGUUAAUUAUGAUAACUUAAUUAGUAGUACUAUGUAACAAAAUUAAAUGGGAAAAGGGAAAAUUUGUAUAGAAAGUUGACGUGAAUUGUGCGGCGAUAUUAUAAGCUGUUGGAAGUUAUUAUGUCAUUUUUGUGACAAUUUAAGCGAUGAUAAUUGGGCUUAA